AUGACAGCCGUGCCUGGCUUGCCGACGGUCAAUCGACUCGUCACAGGACACAACAGUCAAGGCAAAGCAAUAUUCGAUCACGAGGAACAGCUUACGCCGUUGACUCCCUUUGCAGCCAACAAGUCUAAGUCUGCAGCAUCAGCGGCUCCUCUCGGGAUUACCCUCAUCCAUCGAACAAGAGGAUUCCCGGUCAACAUUCAGGGCUCCGUGGAUGAACUGUCUGCCGAUAAUCUUCGUCGAGGACAAGGCCCACCAGGGAUAGUAUGCCAGGUAGUCGAUCUACCGCCGACACAUCAAGGCCAAGCCGUGUAUAUGCACCGCAACCAGAGCCUCGAUUAUGGGGUCGUGCUCAGGGGCACGAUGCAGAUCAUCCUCGACGAUGGGGAAGAGAGAACCUUGGGUGAAGGAGACAUCUAUGUACAGAAAGAAGGACGAGUCGACUGCAGGGCACAGACCGCGACACACCUGUUCAACACAGACUCGACGCAACAGCCAAAAUCCCGUGAACAAAUGGCUGUGCCUGGGAUGUCGGCUGCCCAACGAUUGCGACAAUUCCUCACUGAGCCGGGCAGGACAAUUGCAUGUCCUGGCGUGUAUGACGGACUCACGGCUCGGCUGGCAUUAAAUGAAGGGUUCGAUUGCUUGUACAUGACCGGCGCCGGGACCGCGGCGUCAAGGUUGGGUAUGCCUGAUGUCGGAUUGGCAACGAUGGACGACAUGGUGGCAAAUGCUGGGAUGAUCCAGUCUCUGGACCGAACGACACCGCUUAUCGCCGAUGCCGACACUGGAUAUGGUGGACCCCUGGCUGUAGCUCGCACUGUGCGUCGAUAUAUGGCGGCUGGCGUGGCCGGUUUGCACCUCGAAGACCAGGUAGUGACGAAACGGUGCGGCCACCUAGCGAACAAGGAGUUGGUCGACGAGGAGGUUUACCUCAGUCGUAUCCGCGCCGCGCACAUGGCGAGGGAGGAAUUGAGGGUUCAAUCCGCAGGCUGGGCUGAUAUCGUGAUCAUCGCUCGAACCGACUGCCUACAGUCGUUGGGGUACGAGGCUGCAAUCUCACGACUACGCAAGGCCAUACUCGCCGGCGCGGACGUUGCCUUUCUUGAGGGUAUGACGACCAUGGAGCAAUGUGCUCGAGUGUGCCAGGAUCUUGCCCCAACUCCCGUAUUGCUGAAUAUGGUCGCAGGCGGAAUUACUCCGGACAUCUCCCUCGACGAGGCCGGUCGUCUAGGGUUCAAGAUCGUCAUUUUCCCAGCAACGUCACUAGGUCCGGUUUUUGAGCACGUUGGCCGCGCGAUGAAGGAUCUCAAGGAACUCCGUGCCACGAAUAUCGGCGAGGCACGUCAACGCGGCAGCGUCAAAGACCAUUUCAACAUCCUAAGACUAGAAGAGUGUAUCCGAUUCGAUGCCGCUGCGGGAGGCACGGCUUUCGCAAAAGGGGCGUAA